AUUAUAACAACAGAAGGACUCAAAGAGACCUGCCAAGGACACAGGAAAAGAUCUUUGUGGUGUGAAGCUGAAGUCUACAUUUUAAAGACAAUACCCUUUCACAACAUCACUUGUUUCAGCUGUAUUCUCCAAACAAGAUGGCUAAUUCCAGCAGCAGCCCCUCCAACAGCACAGCCGAAGACGGCUCUUUGAAUUAUUUUGCCAUUACCCUCCAUGGCUUGUUCUCGUCUGUUGGCAUCAUAGAGAACCUCCUCAUCCUCGGAGUGGUCGGCUUCCACGUUCGCCGCUCCGUGAUCAGCAUCUGGAUCCUGAACCUCGCAGCGUCGGACCUCCUGGCCACCGCCUCGCUGCCCUUCUUCACUCUCUACAUGGCCCGCGGAAACACCUGGACGCUGGGCACCACUUUCUGCCGGAUCCAUUCCUCCAUUUUCUUCCUUAACAUGUUUGUGAGUGGCUUCCUGCUGGGGGCCAUUUCUCUGGACCGCUGCCUAGUGGUCCUGAGACCAGUCUGGGCCCAGAACUACAGGAACAUCCGGCUUGUUGGGAGGAUCUGUGGGGUGAUUUGGGCGCUGGCUGUUGUCCUAACUAUCCCCUUCUACAUAUUUCGUGACACCAUGCCUUGGAAAGGAAAGAUCAUGUGUUAUUACAAUUUUGCUCGACUCCUUCCUAAUAAUUCCCAUGACCGUGAAAAUCUCAUUAAGCAGCGCAAAGAAACCCUAGCCUUCAUGAGGCUCCUACUGGCCUUUGUGAUCCCUCUGCUGAUCAUAAUCUUCAGCUAUGCCGCCGUGAAUCAACGCUUGGCUCGCAGAGGCUGCCGCCGCUCUUUCCGUUUUGUUCGGCUGGUCAUCGCUGUGGUGGUGAGCUUUGUACUCUGUUGGGCUCCGUACCACAUAAUCAUCACCAUAGAGGUUUUUGCACCAACUGAGCAUCCUGCUAAUAGUUUUGCAAAGAAGGCGCUCCCGACUGCAGCAACCAUUGGCUUCUUCAACAGUGUCCUCAACCCUAUCCUGUAUGUCUUCAGCUGCCCUGACCUGCGCAAUAAAAUCAGACAUUCUCUGGGCGCCGUGAUGGAGAGCGUUCUGGCGGAGGAUCUGGCAGAGCUGAGCCGGCGUCACAGCACUGCUCGCUCCCUCAGCAGCACUGACAUUUUGUCAAAGCAGAGAAAUUCCAUCAAUGCCUUGAGUGUGAAAGAAGAGGAGCAAGGGCAAGGAGACAGUCUUACCAACCCAGCUCAGAUUGAAAUGUAAUAACUUCCUGUUACUGUGGCUUUCCGUGCAUUUUACUCCACAUGGGAGCAGCUUUUCUAAAAACAGACUUUUAUUUUGUGUUGUUCUCUCAAGCCUGGACUCUGCACAGAUGUCUGAGAUAAGAAUAUCUCUUGGAGCAUCUUUAUGCUGGGUGUAGGGUGUUUGCAGACCUGUACUUCUAAUGACACACCAAAAGUCAGAUGAGGACAGGAAGUAGGAACACUGGUGGACUCAGUGACAGUGUAGGGAUGUUACUGGUCAAAGCUGUAUAUAUAUGG